CAUGCUCCCAGCACGCGUCCCGGUCCUGUGUGAGGGGGAACAUGGCUCCCGCGCUGCUGCUGCUGUCACUCCGGUGGCCAGCGCGACCUGGACCGCUCCGACAGUGCUGGGAGCUGCUGCAACGGCAACUGCAGCAGAGCUGGAACACCUUUGCUUGUCCUCAGUGGGCACCAGCAUUAGCAGUCCAGGGCCCAUCUGUCCUCCCAGAACUAGCACAUGAUACCAGUGGAAAUGAAGAGAAUUCCAGCUUUUUAGACAGUAUCUUUUGGAUGGCAGCUCCCAAAAACAGACGCAGCAUUGAAGUUAACCGGUGUAGGAGAAGAAACUCUUGGAAGCUUAUUAAAAUUAAGAACAAUAUAGAUGUUUGCCCUGAAUGUGGUCACCUGAAGCAGAAACAUGUCCUUUGUGGCUACUGCUAUGAAAAAGUACGCCAGGAAACAAAGAAAAUCAGACAACAAAUAGGAGCUCAAGAAGGGGGCCCUUUUAAAGCUCCUUCCGUAGAGACUGUGGUACUAUACACAGGAGAGAAACCGUCAGAACAGGAUCAAGGCAAGAGGAUUAUUGAACGAAGCAUAAAGAGGCCAUCUUGGUUCACCCAGAAUUGAAACUAAAGAAGUUAAAAGGGCAGUUUCAUCAUAAUGCAGUCUCUUGCAUCAAAAGUCUUUAUUUUCAUGAUGUGCCUGUUUUCACAUCAUCAGUGUAUUUUAAAAUGGAUUUAAUUAGUUGUUAUUCUUAAAUGAGGUAAUUUGUAUCAUAAAUAAACUUGACAUUUAUGCAAAGGUUCAA